GCGUGUUGUUUUGAUGAAGUGGUCACGCGGAUCAGCUCCAUCUCACCAUCUGUCUCUCUGCGCCAGUGUUCCAGGUUCAUUGAUAGUGAAGUUUGUCACACUUCAUAACAGUGAUUGUGCUGCUGGUGGCUUCAUAGGCUCUGCUGUCAUGGAGGAAUUUUGACAAACCCUCACCAGCUGACAGACGUGACAUGGGAUGCGGAGUCACGAAAUCAACCCAACUGCAGCUGAAACCAUGCAAUCGAGGGAACAUCUCAGUUCCAGCGGCUACAGCGAUGCGGGCGGCGCUGCUCAUCCAGCGCUGGUAUCGUCAGUAUGUGGCGCGGCUGGAGAUGAGACGCCGCUGCACCUGGAACAUCUUUCAGUCUAUAGAGUAUUCUGGACAACAGGAUCAUAUCAAGCUGUAUAAUUUCUUCGGUUACCUGAUGGAUCAUUUCAGUUCUGCCAACAGCCAAAGGAAUCUCGUAUCUCAUAUGUUUGGCGAGAGUGACGUGUUUCAGGACAUGGAGUGGGAGAGACACGUCUGUUACAAGGAGAUUGAGGUUCUGGACAUCUACACCGGCCCGCAUCUCUCCUUCCCACUGACCAUCUCCAGCGUCACAGAGCUGGUGCACGCAUUCAAAAACAAACAAAAGCUUCAUGCGCGGUACGUGCUGCAGCUGCUGGGUAAGACGUGGACGCUCCUGCGCUUGAUGCCCAACAUCAGUCACGUGUGCACCUGCAAACACAAAGAGAUCACCAUCUGUGGAGACUUACACGGCCAUCUUGAGGAUCUGCUCUUGAUCUUUUACAAAAAUGGUUUUCCCUCAGCGGAGACGCCAUAUGUCUUCAACGGUGAUUUCGUGGACAGAGGGAAAGAGUCCAUAGAGAUCCUGUUGGUUCUGUUUGCGUUCCUGUUGCUGUAUCCGCAUGACGUGCAUCUGAACAGAGGAAACCAUGAGGACCACAUUGUUAAUCUGAGGUAUGGCUUCACUAAGGAAGUUCUGGGGAAAUAUCAGGUUCAUGGGAAAAUGAUUCUUAAACUUCUGCAGAAGAUCUUCAGCUGGUUGCCGCUGGCCACAGUGAUCGACCAGAAAGUUCUGAUUCUACACGGAGGAAUUUCUGACAAGACAGACUUGAAUGUGAUCGCCAAACUGGACCGUCACCGAUUCGUUUCGGCUCUCAGGCCCCUGAAGAGUAGUGGAGCAUCGGCGAGGCUGAAGGAAGCGGCUCUCGACCCAGACGGAGAUGACGAGCUCAGCACGGGUCGGAGGAGAGUUCAGUCUCUGACUCACGGCACACCGCUGCGACUCAGACAGGAGCUGCCGCGGCAUUCGGUGCACUCCGAGUCCAGCCGGACGAGCCGCUCCGUCGAGGAGGAGCUGCGAGAGAGACGCCGCCUGGCAGGCCUCAGUCUGUCGUCCGACUCAGAUCCUGCUGAGGUUCUGGAGACAGACACUAAUGAAUGGAAACAGGUUCGAGGAGGCGGGUGUUACUGGGGGCCGGACGUCACACACAAAGUGCUGGACACACACAAACUGCAGCUGCUCAUCAGAUCUCAUGAGUGCAAGCAGGAAGGUUAUGAAUUCUGCCACAACGGCAGGGUUUUGACGAUAUUUUCAGCCUCUAAUUACUAUGACGUUGGCAGUAACAGAGGCGCUUACAUUCGUUUGGGUCCCGACCUCAUUCCUCACUUCAAACAGUUUCAGUCCAGCAGAUCGACACGAGAGCUCACACUCAGACAGAGUGUGGGACGAACAGAACUUUCUGCAUUGCAGGCUCUGAGGAUGCAGCUGUUUGCACACAAAUCUGACCUGAUCCAUGAGUUUCAGGAAUACGACCCACAGCGCACAGGUGUGAUCUCUGUGAAGCACUGGGCUGCAGCUGUGGAGAAGGCUCUGCGUCUGGCUCUGCCCUGGAGGGUCCUGAGGUCUCAGCUGGUGACAGACAGCGCUCAGGACGGGACGCUCAACUAUCAGCACUGGGUCAACCAGCUCUCCGUCAUCCAGCCCAACACCGAGAUUGCGAACACGAGCCUCCUGGAGACCCUCUACAAACAUCAUUCAAACCUGGAGAGCAUCUUCAGAAUGAUCGACACGGACCACUCAGGUCUGAUCUCGUUCGAGGAGUUUCAUCAGACGUGGAAGCUGCUGAGCUCUCACCUGCAGAUGGACAUCAGUGAUAAAGCCAUCUCAGAUCUGGCCGAGAGCAUCGACUUCAACAAGGAUGGCAGCAUCGACAUCAACGAGUUCAUGGAGGCCUUUCGCCUGGUGGAGCAUUCUAGAGCCGAGACGGACGCGCCGGCGUCGCCCGAGUGAGGACAACACAAACAACACACCGCUUUCCGUGUCGCUCCUCCAAACCUCAAGAGCAGCUGCUGUACGCAUCUAUACACAGC